UGUGUGUGUGUGUCACUAAAACCUGCAGAAGAAGAAGAUUAUUCGCGCCAGUUAAAAAAGAAAGAUAAAAAACUAUGAAGCAAGAGGAACAUGGCGUCAUCCAGCAAGAACGACAACAAACAACUUAGUGACGAGCAAAUUAUCAACCGCUGGAGUUUCGACUUUUACGUUUCUAAAGCCUUCGAGGCGUUUCGAAAUGAAGACUAUAACAGUUUCACGCAGCUCAGGAACCUCGUUGAAAACUUGGUGGUCAGACCCAUUGAAGCCCACACUGACAUGGCCAUCAAACUGCGCUUCAUGCAGUUCCUAUCACGGAUCAACGACGGAGACAAUCUCAAUGUUACUUUUCAAAAGCCUUUAACACCUCUAGAAUCGGCGCUAAAUGUGCUGGAGUCUAUCUGUGCAGAAAUGGAUGUUGCACAAGAGACACUCGAGCAAGUUCACACCUUAAUCAGGGAAAUGCUUAUUGUUGUUUGCAUAAAGAGCAAACGAUUUGAAAAAGCUCAGGAGAUGCUGCUUAAACACUUUCCCAAAGGAAUGGAUUCAGCUGGCAAGAAAAAGCUGUAUGUAGAUCUGAUGAAAAGACGAUGCAGCACACAUUCGGUUCUGAACGUGAUUUCAUACAGCGAGUUCAAACAGGACAUGCUGGACUUUGUUGAGAAACUCUACCACAUUCCUGAGCCUUUCCUAGUCAAGAUGGUGAAGCUCUCGAGACAGGAGAGGACUGUUGACAGUGAGACCACAAAAAACCCUCAAGCUGUAACGAGUAAAAAUGUGCAGUCAUGUACACAGGAAAGAGCGAACAGUGAACCAUCGGUUGUCCGACACUAUACUCCAUCCAACUCGCAACAGAGCACAUCAUCUAAAAAUAAUUCAAGUGCUCCUUCUCCAAGUGUUUUGGUGACUGUGCACUUGACUCAGGGUAACCUAAAGGCCAUCUAUCCAAAGCUUGCUGAACAGUUUUCUGUCUCUGUUCCCUUCACUCAGCUGGAGGAUGAGGUGGAGUGUGAGGCACAGCUGGAGAAUGAAAUAGAUCGUGACAUGGAGCUUUGUCUCAAACUCACAGAGACGCCAAUGGAGGAUCUGUGUUUAUCUGAAGAAAGACCCUCUGAAGACAGUUUGCAGUCACAGCAACGAAAUGCGGAGGGGUGCACUUGUGUACAGUCAGACAGUCAAACUCAGCAGAACUGCACAAAACAGCACGUGCAACAGGACCAAGGAAGUUUAGACGACACAAUUUCACUGGAUGUGCAUGAUCCUCCACCUGCCGUGUCUGCUGAGAAAGGCAAGAAGAAACCUGCUGGUGAUGUGUCUGCAGUGAGUGUAGCGCAGUUAGUAAUGGAGGAGGACAGUAUGCUGAGCGAACUAGAAACUUCUGUUUCCCAACACACUCCCAGUCCACUGCAGACACACUCUAAUGGAGAAGAUCCACUCAGCUCACUGUCUGUCAACUCCACACCAGUCAGGACGUUCCGCAGAGCAGCUCCUCACAGGAAAAGUAUUCUCAUUGAGCCAGAAUCUGAUUCCCACCAGCAGCUUAACAAGCCUCAGAAUUCCUCCACCCCCAACAGAGUGGAAAACAGCUCUCAUCUUUCCCAACCCUCACCUAUUAAAGAAUCUAGGACACAAGCAACAAAGAGGACACACACAGAGAGUAAAGGACAAAGUGAAGAAAGCAAUGUGUUAAACUCUCCACUAUCAGCAAAACGGCCUAAAACCUCAUUUAACAGGAGGAAUUGGAUGGAUGUGUCUGGAGCCCAGGAAGAGUGGAGCGAUGAGGAGUCAUUGUUCUCCGUUUCCAGUAAAACAUCAAAAGGUAAAAACUCAAGUGACAACAAUUCCAAAAAGAAGAAGUGGACCGAUGAAGAGUCUGAGUGGUUGAAGCAAGGAGUGGCUCGUUAUGGAGAAGGCCGAUGGGAGAGGAUUAGACAUGCGUACCCAUUUAAAGGCCGCACAGCAGUCAAUAUCAAAGACCGCUGGCGCACCAUGAAAAAGUUAAAUAUGGUGUAAAAUUGUAAACUAUACCACAUGCAUAGAAAACAAAAAGAGAUAUUUUUGAACAUUCAUUCCCUGCCUAAUUUAUUAGUAUCACAUAUACACCUUAUUCGUUAGACAGUCACAUGAAAGCCUCAUAAUGCAGAAAAUCCUGCAGACCCAGCUACAGAUUCUGUUAUCUGGAGUGAACAUUGACGAAAACUUGGUCAUGUAUCUGCAUUAUUUAUUGUAUUGCGCUGCUGUGUACAGGUGUAUAGCCAUGAAAUUAUUUGAGAUUUAAGGAGCUUAAAAUGUAAAGCUUAUUUUUUUGUUACUGUUUUUUUUUUGUUUGUUUUUUCUCGAAAAAAAAAAAAAAAAAAAAAAAAAAAGUUAUAAAGUGCUAAACAUCAGAAAGCAGAAAAUAGGCAAUGGUGAUGCUAAUAGGUUACAUGCAAAAAAAUAAAAAAAUAAAAAGGCCCCAUGACUGAUCUCUGUAGUACUCCUCUGCAUUUUACAAGUGCAGAAAUGCACCAGGUAACAAAGCAGCUGUGCUUCUUUAUAUUCAUAGAAAUGUAUGUAACAUUCGUGAAAUGCUCAGUCAGGGUUCUUACUUCUCCAACUGUGUUCAAGUUCAGGUAUAAUGGCCUGUUUAAUACAUUGAACAAUACUGUAGAUUCAGAUCUCAAUUUUUGCACCUGACUUAAUCUCAAUUUACACUUGUAUAAAUCUUUUUUUAAAAAAAUUCUUUUUGUGUAAAUAAAAAAAACAUCCUGUA